CGUAUUUUGUCCGCGCAGACCUGUGCUUUACUUUCGCGUGACGAAUAAAAACUGUUAAGUCACCAAAGGAUUUUAUUAAAGUGAUAGCUUGAAAAAAAAAAAACAAUAGUGGGUGUUGUGUCGGUUCAGUUGUGUUCCCGGAAUUUUUAUUUAUGAAGUGAUAUUUCAACACCGACGAACAACGUAGACCCCUCAACGCCGGAAUAAAGACUGCGUCAUAAAAAAAAACGUGUAAAGCCGUAACUGUCAGGAUUUGAGUGUAGGAACUUUUCUGAGGAGCAACAAAGUGGCGGUGCCGCGCUGUGAUGUUGCGCGUUCCACUUAUGAAAGGCGGCGUUGCCGAUUCGUGUACACAUAAAGAUGGGUCAUAAAAUUGAGCUGCCCCGCGCUUAUGGCAAAAUGCUUCUGACUGUGUACACGGCGUUGCUUCUUUGGAGGAUUGACUGCGCUGUCGAGAGCACGAAAGUGGUAAAAAGCAGUAUGCGACACCAGACUACAUCUCCACUAGGCCGGGUGGGACCCACUGCGUCCCUGCGAGACUCCGAGCCCGACUUUGCUGGACCAAUAGAAAACGUUACAGUAGCUCUCGGCAGGGAAGCCAUACUCACCUGCUCAGUCACCGACCUUGGAGACUACAAGGUAGCCUGGAUUCGAGCUGAUGAUCAAACUAUCCUCACACUCCACACGAGGCUGGUGACGCACAGCUCUCGGUAUGCGGUCACCAACGAUUCUCCGCAUUCCUGGCAACUCCACAUAAGACCUUUGAAGGUAGAAGAUCGAGGCUGCUACAUGUGCCAGAUAAAUACCAGCACGAUGAAGAAGCAGAUCGGCUGUGUGAAUGUACUAGUUCCACCGAACAUCGUAGAUGAAGGCACGAGUGGAGAUCUCGUUGCACGCGAAGGUCAAGAUACAAGUCUAUCCUGCAAAGCCGAAGGAACACCACUCCCGCGAAUUUUGUGGAGAAGAGAAGACGGUACCAACAUUCAACUCAGGAAUGAAGCCGGCGAUCUUCGAAAAGUUGACAUGUUUAUGGGACCAAAUUUAAACCUAACAAAAGUAGAACGACGACAGAUGGGAGCAUAUCUUUGCAUCGCGUCAAAUGAAGUUCCACCGUCAGUCAGCAAAAGGAUAAUGCUGAAUGUUAACUUUCCACCAUCAAUCCUGGUGGCGACCAAGGUCAUCGGCGUGCCAACAGGAUCACAAGCCAAACUGGAAUGUUUCGUCGAGGCGUUUCCACAAGCUAUUAAUUAUUGGCUCAAGAGCGGCGAAGAGAUGAUUCUUUCCAAUUCCAAAUAUAAUUUAACGGAAGAUCGAAUAUCCCAGUACCAACUCCGAACCAUUCUACAGAUUUCGAAGUUUGAGCCUGAAGAUAUAGGCACCUACACGUGCGUCUCUACAAAUACAAUGGGAAAGUCGGAAGGGACAUUAAGACUUUAUGAAAUCAAAAUUACUACUACUACAACAACAACGACGACUACCACAACAUCUACAACUACAACCACCACUACAACCACACCAGCCCCGACAACAACGGAACUGCCACGAUUUGUAGUUCCAUUACAACCUGCCGAACAAAAAUUCUACACACCGGACGUGACUACUUACGAUACAAUGCAAAAUGUGAUAGAGCAGUCCGUUCUCGACAACAACUGGUUGCCAACUACCGAAUCUGUUGCAGCAAGCAUCGGUCCAGAUUUUUCCCUAGCCACACUGAUUCUGAUUUCAAUGUUGCCAUACCUUUAUUUUGUAACAAAUAGUAGUUUUUAUAUUAUACCAACAAUAAUAAGCACAAAUGCAAUAAUUAUCAAAAUGUUUUUGCAAUCCGUAAGAUGAUAAGUUUUCAUUAAAUUCGAUUUUAAAAAUAUCUAUCGGUCAAUUUGUUAAUAGUUAUUGUUUUAUUUUACGUACAUUCAAAACAACAUUUGGAUGACGCUUAAAUGUUACGUAUUUGCUGUAAAUCAAAAGCGUAUUGUUUGCUCCAAUUACAAUGGCUUUAACAUUUAAUUAAAUACCAAAAUUAUCAAGUUAAAUAAUGUCAUUAUUUUAAGUGUAAAAACUCUAUAAUAUCGUGCUAUAUUGGUUAAUCAUUUAACUUGUAAUUAGCCUACACAAAAUAGAACCAAAAAUAAAAGAGUAGAAUAUAAAUCAAAUUCCAUGAAAAAUGACUUCAUCAACUACUUAGAACUUGGUUUGAGCGCUUGUGCUCCUUUGAGACCAUUCUGGCGCACGUCAAGAGGCACUUUGACCACUUAUACUUUGUACUACAUGCAUUAGUUGUGUAGCUUUCGGGUUGGCGAUUGAAUGAAUCGCAACUAGGUUGCUAAGACUACGGGAACAAAACGGAUGGCUGAGCAAAUGCUUAGUUUCGUCGUUCGUGCGAAUUUGAACAAGCGACUUUUCAAAACAAUUAAAUAGGGCCGGUCAACCGUGCUUAUUUGAUCUAAAAAUAAGCAUAAACGACCUGCUAAUUGAUUGAUUGCUUGGUUUGCGAGUCACGAUGAACAAAAUAGCUUCCAUCCGCACGUCAAACUACCAACCAAUUGAACGGGUCAUACAAAUCAGACCAUUUUCUCUACAGGCUCUCUACCCUAUAGGUCUGGAUCUUAAAAUCAUUUUACGAUUUGUUCAUUAUUUUCUACAACUCAACUGAGACUGAUAUUGGAAAAUGAGAUGAAGAGUCACAGGAGGCUUCAAAAUAUGCGAAUCAAAUAAAUUGCUGUUCAAAAUACCCAAAAUUUCACAUAGACUAUAAGUGUGGUAUUUUACAAUACGAAUUAAAUAAAUUACUGGGACAUUUAAGUCGUUCUGGUAUUCUAUUUAUGAUAAUAUAACAAAGAGCAUGUAACUAUAUUUUAAUAGAAAACAGACCAGACUCCGUUUUUAUUAGCAGUGGAGUUACGGCCCAUAUGUGGUUCAGCGUGAAAGCUAGGUGCAACUCACAUUUGUAUUGUAAUAACAGUUAUUCGACUUUAAAAAACUAACUAAUCUGUUUCGGUCAAAAUACCAAAUAGGUGGAAGGGUGGGCAGUUUGGAGCACACAUUAACACCAAAACUCAUAUUAGAAAAUUGUAGCAGUACCUCUGGGAAGCCGAUGUUGAAAACCCUUAUUUUGCAAAUCAUAUUGAGUCAGUCCUGGAUGAACUUGGA